CACGGUGAUUUGCCAUUCACAUUAAGCAUUAACAAAUUUAUGACAAGGUGAAAUUACGAAUAACGAUUUGUUACCGUUUUGGUAAGUGAAGUUUUCGUUACGUAAAGAUCAUGUCGAUCGUAAGUUCAGAAAAGAUGCUAUCUGUUGCGAUAUGUAAUCAUUGAUCUUUCGGUGCCGGGACCGACCUAUAUAUAAACAGACGGAUUUUUUGAGGGUGAAUUCUUCGAGCAACAAUAAUAAUAAUAGCCAAUAAAUGUAGAAAUUUAUCGAAACGGCGAAACAUGAGAGGAAGAAAAUUGAUUCGAACGAAUAUUUCUGAAAUCUUAUGAUCACUAUAUUUAGCUUCAAACGAUACUAAUCAUCUUUCACGGUAAAAGCUUCUCGUACUUUUCCGAGUUAUAAUUAUUGUCGUUUUUAUAUACUCUGGUAUAAAUAUUAUAAAAAAUAACUAUACAAUAAGAAUUAUACAUACAUGCAACAUACGAUAAUGGAUUUGAAAAUAAUUAACUCUUUUAAGAUGACCGUACCCAAGUAAUAUCGUAAUAAUUGUUGAAUUCUACAGGAAUACUCAAGAUACGAGGGGAAAGAAAUGGCAAAUUUUCGGGGAUUUUAUAUACCACCAAUUGGUGCAACCAUAAACGUCGCCUGGGAGACUCUGAAGGCGAAAUGGCCGGAAAACAGCCCAUGCAUGGAACUGAUACGUGGCACUGGCGGGGGUCAGUCGCAAGGUCAACAAAAGCAAUUCGAACAGUUUAACGAGGGUCGUGACAACACUGAAAUGACGGCAAUGAAUGGUGAACAUCCUUACGCGGAACAAAGUAUCGGCGGGAUUGCGGAAGACUCUUUCAGCUACCAGCGCAGCAACGAUAAACCGAGAGGCGGAAGUACGAGCAGCGGUGGCUUCAGCGAAUAUGAUGAUGGCGGGGAAUUCGGGGCUCCUGGAGUCAAAAUCAACGAAUGGCAGGCAGCUUGGAACAUCACAAACGCGAUCCAGGGGAUGUUUAUCGUGAACCUGCCGUUCGCCGUGCUCCGCGGCGGUUACUGGGCAAUAGCCGCGAUGAUUGGAAUCGCCCAUAUUUGCUGCUACACCGGCAAGAUACUGGUGGAAUGUCUCUACGAAUUGGACCCCGCAACGGGGCAGCGUGUCAGAGUGCGAGAUUCGUACGUGGCAAUUGCCAAGGAAUGCUUUGGUCCUACGUGGGGAGCGAGAGCAGUGAAUAUAGCUCAGAUAAUCGAGCUACUGAUGACGUGCAUCCUUUACGUCGUAGUAUGCGGGGAUUUGAUGAUCGGUUCAUUUCCCGAGGGAGCAAUCGACACCAGAAGUUGGAUGAUGCUCAUCGGUAUAUUCCUCAUUCCGUUGGGAUUCCUGAAAUCAUUGCAGCACGUUUCGGUCCUGAGUUUCUGGUGCACCAUGGCCCACUUGCUGAUAAACGCGAUAAUCGUCGGAUACUGCAUCCUCGAGAUCGGCGACUGGGGAUGGUCGAAGGUCAAGUGGGACAUCGAUAUGAAGAACUUCCCAAUUUCUCUGGGCGUAAUAGUCUUCAGCUACACCUCUCAAAUAUUUCUUCCAACCUUGGAAGGAAACAUGAUCGACAGAUCGAAGUUCGACUGGAUGAUCAACUGGAGUCACAUAGCGGCAGCAGCGUUUAAAUCUCUCUUCGGAUGGAUAUGCUUCCUCACGUUUCAGACGGACACGCAACAAGUGAUCACCAACAACCUUCACUCCCCAAGUUUCAAAGGUCUGGUCAAUUUCUGCCUGGUCAUCAAAGCCGUCCUCUCUUAUCCUUUGCCGUAUUACGCCGCCUGCGAACUCCUCGAGCGUGCAUUCUUCAGGGGUCGACCGAAGACACCUUUCCCAACCAUCUGGACCGUCGAUCGCGAGCUCAAGGUUUGGGGAUUGGCCUGGCGCGUGGGCGUCAUAGUCUUUACGAUUCUGAUGGCGAUUUUUAUCCCGCAUUUUGGAAUAUUGAUGGGAUUCAUCGGGUCCUUUACUGGCACCAUGUUGUCGUUCAUUUGGCCUUGCUAUUUUCAUUUGAAGCUGAAAAGAAACUCCAUGGAGUGGGGCACGGUCGCUUAUGACUGCUUCAUCAUUUUUCUAGGCAUUUUAUUCGGCGUUAUCGGCGUUUACGAUUCCGGGUCGGCUCUCAUUGAAGCCUUCGAAAUUGGCCUGCCGUUUUAGAUAUAAUUUUAAUGCGUAGCUACAUAAAUUAUCUUUUUAUUAUUAUAAGGAGAUACCCUUGACUUACACGCACAUAUUCUAGUCACAUUUAUAGGCUACGUGAAUGUCGAUCACGGACAAACAUGAUAUAACGUACAUAUCGAUUAUACCGUACUAGAUCCAGAAGCAAUGUUCUACGGAACCAUAUCAAAGUGAUUUUUGAAACUCACCAUUUCAUUGAUAUUAAGUCCUACCUAUACCU